CAAUGAGUCGUCCUUGAGGGAGCCGGGAGAGGUGCUCCAGGUCGCCGAUCCCCGGAAGUGACGCUAGAAAGGUUCUCUCCUAAGGAACUUACGGCAGGAGUGCCCUUGACGGGCGGGGAGGGCCGGGCUUGCAUCCCUCCGGUCGCGUUGCAGGGAGAUGGCUCAACGGCUUCUCCUGAGGAGAUUCCUGGCCUCCGUCAUCUCCAGGAAACCCCCUCAGGGACACUGGGCACCCCUCACCUCUGGGGCCUUGCAGACCCCACAGUGCAGUCCUGGUGGCCUUGCAGUUACACCCAGCCCAGCUCGAACAAUAUACACCACCAGAGUCUGUACAACGACCUUUAACAUCCAGGAUGGACCUGACUUCCAAGACCGAGUUGUCAACAGCGAGACACCAGUGGUUGUGGAUUUCCAUGCACAGUGGUGUGGCCCCUGCAAGAUCCUGGGGCCAAGGUUAGAGAAGAUGGUGGCAAAGCAGCACGGGAAGGUGGUGAUGGCCAAGGUGGAUAUUGACGACCACACUGAUCUCGCCAUUGAGUAUGAGGUGUCUGCUGUGCCCACCGUGCUGGCCAUGAAGAACGGGGACGUGGUGGACAAGUUUGUGGGCAUCAAGGACGAGGACCAGCUGGAGGCCUUCCUCAAGAAGCUGAUCGGCUGACAAGCGGGGAGGAGUCCCAGCUGCCCUUGCCCUCCUGAGCCCCCGGUGGUCAUGGGGAGGGCCCGCAAUAGAACACAGGCCUUCGUGGCGGCUCCUUGCCUCCUCCCUGUCUGGUCCCUGCGGGCCCAGGCUCUGGGGACCAGGCCACCAGCACGGGAGCUGCCUGCCCAGGGUGGUUGUUCAGAAUGCAGCUGCUGCUGCUGCUGAUUUGGGGGUUGCCACCUUCCCACCCACUUUUCUUUUUGUCUGCUCCCGUUAGGGCUGGCCCUGCUCCCAGGAGGUGUGGCGAGUGCCCACCUGGUGGCCGAGGCCAGCCUGCAAUGUGACCGGCCUGGUCCCUUCUCAUCUGAACCCCAGUGCCUGGCUCAUCUGCCUCCUGCAUUUUUCUUUCCUGCUACAGUUUUGUAAAAAGAAAAAGAAGGAAAACAGAAACCCAAGCAAGUGAGAGUAAUAUAUAAUUCUCUCAUUUUUUGUAGGUCUGUAAUAAAGAGAACUUUAUGAUCCCUUCUGUCUCCUGCUAUGAAGAACAGACCUUGGGCCCCACACUAAAAUUACUCUGUAACCACCACCCUCACCAGCCACCACGCUCCUUCCUUCCCCUCCUCCCAGGCACAAGGGCAGAGAGGAGGCAUGCCGGGGGGUGCCCCACAGAUCCUUGGCUCUGGAAGGCUCAAAGCAGCACCCCCAUCCCUCCAUACCUGGCCCUUUAGUUCUCUAAGCAAGAGACAUAACUGAACAAAUCAGACCAAUAAAACUAGGGUUUGCGCCA